GUCCAUGUUUGUUUCCAUUCUUCCAAAUAUGAGAACUGUGGAAGCCACUCUCCAGUGGAGCCUCGACUCCUUCCCAUCUCCAUCGUCGUCCAGCCGCCACUUACUAGACCUGCCUUCCUUCUUCGCUUCCAUCAUCCCCGAAUCACCAGACUGUCGCUCAUCGUCCACACCCGACCGUCCUCUCGGUCACCCGACCUCUCCUUCUUCUCCAAGCCAUAGCUGCCCAAUCCAGCGCGAACACAGGAUUCAUUCAGAGCGCCAGAAGAGGAGAGUCGCAGAAAACGGGAGUCCGUGUGAGAUUUCAAGGGGCAAACCCAUAGCCAUUGCCUCUCUAAGCAAAGGAAGCAAUCAAGAGUCCUGUUAAACCUGGGAGGUGUUGCUUCAGGUAUUCUCAUCCUGUUUCUCAUCUAAUUUCUGUGGAGUUUAUGAAUUGGAGCUAAAUAAUGUGGUUUGGUUCCUUGCCAUAUUAAUAUCUUAUUGAGGAUUGCGAGUAUUAUUCAUCCCUGGUUUGAAUUUUGAGUUUUCGUUUUGAUCAUUAUACUAUAUUUUUAUGUGGUUUUGUGGCGUUUGAUUGUGGAUUGAAGUGCUCUUAGUAGACUCCCUUUCAGUUGCAAAUUUGAAGAUCCUAUUUGUAUCUAGAAAUUUUGGUGAAUUUAGCCUAAAAAAAAUUGGUUGCAUAACAUGUUCUAGAUUUGUGUUCAAUUGUUUUUCAUGGUUUUUGUUUGCGCUUGAUGUUUAUUGAGCUAAAAAUGGUUUGCAUGUUUGGUAGAAUUGAUGGACUAUUAAAGAAAAUUUUUCCUU